AUGGGGAAGAGCAACAAGGUAUCGAAGUCUACGAAUUUGCCGUUCCCAUCCGCGUGCCGAUCAAGGAGCACAUCUGUUGGAAGCUCGCGAGUGGAGAACUCGACAAACGACCUGACGCCUGAAAAGACCGUGGUUUACCCCUCCCUCCUGGACGUCUCUCGAAACAUGGAUCUUCCACAACCUGGCACUGUGGCCAAGUUGCCAGGCGUGCCGGGAUUGCCAGACAUCGAAUACCCCUCCGUGCUGCAGCUCGAUUUUGGUGAGCCAGCCUUCAUCCCCACACCAAGCACGCAGGCCGGGACGGCCUCGUCCAGCUCUUGCCCUGUGAGUUCCAUCGGAGCACCCCCAGGGCUGGAGCUGAUGUCGGAUGAGCGGCUCACAAGCUCGUGCCCAGCGAGCAUGAUGGAGAUGCCCCCAGGCUUCGAGGAUGAGGCGCUGCCCAUUGUCAUCCCAAAGAUGCAGGCAGUGGUACCACCCCCUCCAGUCGAGCCACCCGUUCUCCCAGGGACGCUCCCCUUGGAGCCCACGGAGCCCCCUGCGGCCCCGACCGAUCCCGCGGAGUGCGCGGAGAUUUUGGGGCUGCCCGCCUACGUGGACUUCACGGGCUUGUGCGUGAGCUUGGGUUCGGCCGGGCACGGCACGGGCACCUGCAAGCCCUGCGCCUUCUUCCACACCAAGGGCUGCUCCAGCGGCAAGAAUUGCACUUUCUGCCACAUGUGCCCGCCCGGGGAGAAGAAGCGCAGGGCCAAGCUCAUAAAGAUGGCGGCCAAGCUCAGCAACUUGCAGGCUGAGCAGGGCCUUGCUGAGAGCCCCCUGAGCGCGCACGCGGAGAAGUUGCUACCAGCAGAACUGUUUGAAGAAGCACUCAGGGCAUAG